CUGUCGACAAUGUGCUGUGGUUUAUUUAUUUCUCAAGGCUGUAAGCAAUGUCGGAUGUGAUAGAAAACACGGUUUCUUCGUUAUCUAGGCUUUUGAAUGAGAACUUGAUAAGUAGCAUCAGCGGUGCACCGCAGGGGAGUGUCAAAGUCCGCGGCGCGUCCAAGGGGUUUGAGAACUUCAUUCGAGCACUGUGCAGUGCGAGAAAUACACAUGAAGAGGAUACUGUUAUUCAAAGAGAACUCAAGGUGCUACAGCAACGCUUCUCACAGCCAGAUGUUUCCACUUCUCAGGUUAAAGACUAUAUGGUGCGGGUGAUUUACUGUGGGAUGCUGGGAUACGAUGUUAACUUUGCCUGCAUCCAUGCUGUUAAGCUGGCUCAGCAUGGGAAGCUACAGGAGAAACGCAUAGGCUAUCUGGCUGCCUCUUUACUUCUCCAUGAGAACCAUGAACUAGUCUUGCUUCUUAUCAACACUAUUCAGAAGGAUUUGUCAAGCAGCAAUUUGUUGGAGAACUGUAUGGGAUUGUUGGCAGUGUGCCAACUAGUCAACACAGAAAUGGCUCCCAUGUUACUUCCUUCUGUCCUGGAGAAACUGAAACAUCCCAGGCCUGUGGUGAGGAAGAAGGCAGUGAUGUGUCUACAGAAGUUCCAACUCAAGUCCCCUGGGUCAGUCCAGCACCUGGGAGACAGGUUCAGGGAGGCGCUCUGUGAUAAGGACCCCGGGGUGAUGGCUGCUGCCCUUCAUAUCUACCUGCAGUUGUUACUGGAGAACCCCUCCCCACACCGUGGCCUCACCCAGGGGUUUGUGAACACCCUUAGCCAGGUGAUCAGCAGGAAGUUGCCCUCAGACUUAGACUACCACUCCAUCCCUGCCCCAUGGGUACAGAUUAAGCUGCUGAAAAUACUGGCCGCUCUGGGGCAAGGGCAGGAAAGGUCAAGUGCUCUGAUGUACGGUGUGUUAACAGAGACUUUGGAAAGAGCCACUGUGAGGGACAAUGCAGCUUUUGCCAUCUUAUUUGAGUGUGUGGUUACCAUAACAACUAUCUGGCCCAACACAGAUUUACUGUACAAGGCUGCCAGUUACGUCGGGAAGUUUCUACGAUCAAAGGGGAAUAACUUGAGAUAUGCAGGAUUAAAAGCCCUGGGGUACCUGGUGAGAGCGGGUCCCGAGUUUGUCAUGGACUAUCAGAUGAUCGUGGUUGAGUGUUUAGACGACACUGACCAGGCUAUACAGAGAAAGACAUACGACCUCCUGUAUCAGAUGACCAACAGCAGUAACGUAGAGGUGAUCUGUAAGCGAUUGAUGGAUUAUCUUGUCAAGUCCAGGGAUGACUUCGCGCGGUCAGAACUCGUGGCCAAAAUCACAGAGCUUCUGGUCAAAUAUCCUUGA